GAGUCGCGUGAGCUUCGAAGUGUGCCAAAAUUUGACUUGGCUUCAUCGAAGGUGUUUAGGCGUUUAUUUGACCGUUUUUUCUUGUGACCCAACGUAUUAUUUCGCGUGUUACCGGCGGAGAGGUGAUAAUAAAUAUUACGUAAAGAAGCAAGCCAAAUUUGGGUUGCUAGCAGGAGAGAAGUGAAACGAUAAAAAAAAUACUCGUGAAACAGUAUUACUCAAUGAAAGAAGCCUGUUCCGGCUGACUCGUAAGAUUGUUUUUUUUCCUCUGUUUUCGUUCAUUUUCGAGUGCACUGUGCCACGGUGUUUCGUUGAGGGUCUUUGCAUGGUCUCAAGAAGGAGGCGAAAAGUGCAAUGAUGUUAUGAAGUGAUUCAUCUCAGCAGCUGAUUUUGCGGUGAGUGCAAUAUAGUGAGCAGCCGAGGAGAAGUGAAACAAAAAAUAGGUGAAUUGCCAACGAUAAUCAACAAUUGGUGAAGCAAAAGGUGAAAAAAUGACCUCAAUCCGUUUCGCAUCCAUGACGAGCGUGCUCUCAAUCGUCAUUGCCGUGGUCCUUAUGGCAUCAUCGCCGGUGUCCGGCAGAAGCAGCAAUGGAACCGUUGGGUAUCGUCACUCCCACCGUGUACAGAACCGAUCGUGUACGGGCAAGUACUGCCACCAGGAGGACACGAUCGAAGAACACCUGGUCACCGGUGGUAGUCGAGUUCUGCGCCAGAAGGAGAUUCUGAAGCACACCUCGGUUAUCUACGGGUUGAUUUCGAUAGCCGAGCGUGACGAGCUGUCGGAACUGUGCUACAGUGAGCUGCAGCAGAUAUACGAGGGGAUUCAGCAGAAGGAGAUCUGGGCGCUGAAGGUGCUAGACGCCUCCGGAACGCAGGAGCCGGGUUUCGUGUUGGGUCAUAACCACUGGAUCGGUUCGGAGAAGGGUUGCGAUUCGGUCCGGACUCCGCUGUCGAUCACCCUGUCCGAUCGGUACCGGCGCAACAUGAAGCCUAAUUUGGUGACGGCCUUGGCUCCGUUUGACAUCAACUACAGAAUGGUCCACGCCAGACACCAGUCGGCCUGGCAGCUGGAGAUGAAGUUUCUGAGCGAGAAUAUCCUGCACAUCGGCCUGUGUGUUCCGCAGUCAUGCUCCAAUGAGGAGUUGUUCAAUUUGACCGCUCGGUACUUCGACGAGCGUGUUAUCAAUUCACAGGAUGUAUACGAAUUCAAGCCGGAUCUGCUACAGGUGAAAGACAUGCAACUGACGGAGAAUUUUUGGGCAAAACCAAGUAUGAUUGUGAUCUGCAUAUCCCUGGCAUUGACUGCGUUGCUGGUGUUUUUGGCUCAGAGUCGCGAGCAGCAGCUCAACGAAAGAAAUGCAUCAUCCACCACGGCUGUCAAAAACGAUUCGACCUAUAGUGCAGUGCCAAACGGUACUGCUAAAAGCUACUCACCUUCCGAUGGUAGUUCAUCGCCAUCAGCUCCAAACGACGACGAGAGAAUGAAGGAAACCAACGUUCAACCGGCACCUGUAGCCCCUAAAGAGACCUCGUUCGCCGCCAAGGUCAUCGACAGCUUCAACGUGCGCAAAAACCUCGCCACCGUAUUCCGUACCGAUAUUGGCCCCCGGUCGUUGCCCGUGAUCUGCGGUAUCAAGUCCAUCUCCUGCUUUCUGAUACUGUGCUUCCACAUGCAGUGGUAUACCUUUUUCACCAUCAACAACCCGGCGGUGAUGUUCCACUACGCCGAACAGAUUCGCUAUCAGUUGGUCAGCAAUGCUCCGCUGCUGGUCGAUGCGUUUUUCGCCAUCAGCGGCUUCCUGGUCACGUACAAUUUCAUCCAAAAUCGUGAUCGGGUAGAGGAGAUCAAGGUUAACGGUUACUGGCAGAACACGAAGCUGUACGGGAAAAUGGUUAUCCAGCGAUAUCUAAGACUGUCCCCGCUGUACCUAAUGAUCACGGCGAUCGGCGAACUGAUGACGAGCUACCUAGUGGACACCUCCAAGUUCUGGGUACACGAGCGAAGUGAUCUCUGCUGCCAGCGCUACUGGUGGCGAAACGUGCUCUACAUUCAAAACCUUUUCGACAUCGACGAUCUCUGUCUGAACUGGACUUGGUCAUUGGCUUGCGAGAUGCAAUAUUACAUCAUCUCCGUCGCACUUCUCUUCGUCUACGCCAGGAACACCAAGCUGGGCAAGUCGAUCUUCGUGAUUUCGGCGGUUGGGACGUUCGUGUUCAGCAUGGCCAUUACGUUGAUGCAUCAUUUUGUGCCGUCAUACGAUGUGCUCUACAAUACCGGCAGUGCGCUGUACAUUGCCCCCUGGGUCCGUGUGUCUCCCUACGUGGUGGGGGUCUACUUUGGCUGGCUGCUGUCGGCGACUCGCGGAGAGCUUUCGUUCACCAAGAAACAAUACCGCAAGUAUUGGGUCCUUGCAUGCAUUGCUUUGAUAGUGAGCAUGCACUGCACAAUUAAGCGGGAUUUUCCGUUCCCGCUGGCGUCGACAGUGAUGGUAGUGGUGCGGAUCCUAGUAGCAUGGGCGACCUGUUGGAUAAUCGUUGCCAACGCUACUGGUUAUUCGAAUGCAGUUAUCCGGCUCCUGUCAUCGAAAUUUUUCAUUCACAUCAAUAAACUGACGUACGGAAUCUAUCUGGUCAAUCCCCUGAUAAUCACCGCCAUUUUUGGAUUCUCCGACCGUAGUAUCAAUGCGGAUCCCAUUCUUGCGAUUGUUAUGGCUCUGGGUGUCACGUUGCUGUCCUACCUGGUUGCUGUGGCUUUCACGGUUCUGUUCGAGAUUCCCUACUGCACGAUAGCGAAUGAAAUUUUGAAAUUGAAAAAGAAACCACGGGUGGCAGCUGCGACGUUGGGCGACCCUACGAGUGCAACAUCGUCCCCAAUAUCUCAGGGAAAGAAAGUGGAUUGAAUGGAUGUUAAUUUUUUUCCAGUCAGGUAACACCAAAUAGCAUUUCAUAUUAGAAAUACAAUUCCAAUGAAAGGAAAUAGCUAUUUCAACAGCGGUGCAAGCAACAAAUUUGACAGAGGAGAAAAACACAUAGGGUUAGAUGUUGUGAUAACCAAUUUGCUGAAAUCUUAGUUUUUGGGAAAUAUUUUCUUUUUUACAUGAAUGGGUAUUGUGUACUUGUAAUGAUUUUUUAUACAACUAUUCGAUAGGGACACUGUCUAGUACUAUUUAUUAUACAGUAAGAAGGAGAAUUUUAUUUAACUAUUUAACAGACGCAAGUGUAAUUAGAUGUUCCUGAAAGCAUGGCAAGAAAAGAGUAACUAGCACAAAGUAGCACUUCUGUUGAUCGAAAGUGAAAUAAAGACGAUGGAAAACCUCACCACACCUAAGU